AGCCAAUAGGAGGUUAGUCUGAGAGGAGGGUCAACUGGUCCAACUGAUAAUUUCCUUGUUACCGAGUCGGAAGGUUUGGUGAUGCUCACUUCAUUACAGCAGUGAGAAGACCCAGGUAAUUUACUCCACUCUGAUCCGGGAUUCAUCAUACAUUUCUGUAACUUAUUGAUCAUAUCAAUAGGAAAGGUACUAUUUUACUAUCAUCAGGUAUGGGUUGAAAUCGUUAGUGUAUAUGUUGAGUACUCUCACCUGUCACUGUUCACUGCUGUUACUCAAAUCAAAACUACUGAUUGGCUACGACCUCUAUUUUACCAUUGUUAUACAUUAUAAAUGAUUAAACUUUAUUUAACAAUAGUUUUCUAGGAAUGGCCUCUGCGACAUCGUGGUCUCAGGAGGACUUCUCCUGUUCCAUCUGUCUGGAUGUGUUCAACAGCCCAGUUACCACACCAUGUGGACACAACUUCUGCAGAACCUGUAUUACAGUGUUCUGGGAUGACAUGGUCCAGUACAAAUGUCCUGUCUGCAACGAGCUGUUCCACACAAGACCUGUUUUACGGGUUAAUACCCUCAUAUCAGGGAUGGUUGAUCAGUUUAGAAGUUCUGUACGAGUCAAAGAGCAGCCUUGCGUUGAACCCGGAGAAGUUCCUUGUGACGUCUGUACUGGGACCCAGCUGAAGGCAGUGAAGUCCUGCCUGGUGUGUCUUAUCUCUUACUGCCAAGCCCACCUGGAGCCACAUCAGAGAGUCGCAGGCCUGAAGAAACAUCAGCUGGUCGAGCCUUUAGACCGUCUGGAAGACAGGAUGUGUAAGAAACACGACCGACUUCUGGAGCUCUUCUGCCAGACUGACCAGGUGUAUGUGUGUCAGUUCUGCACAGUGACAGACCACAAGUCACAUCCUGUUGUACCUCUGAAGGAGGAAUAUGAAGUGAAGACGGCCCAGCCGGGGAAGAUAGAGGCUGAACUUCAGCAGAUGAUCAAGGAGAGACAACGAAAGAUUAAAGACAUCAUAGACACGGUGGACCACAGCAAAGCAGACGCAGACAGAGAGAUAGCCGAUGGUGUGCAGGUCCUCACUGCUCUGAGGCGCUCUGUUGAAAAGUGUCUGGAUGAUCACAACAAAACGGUUCAAGAGAAACUGAAAUCCACAGAGAAAGAAGCUGAAGGCCUCAUCAAAGAGCUGGAGCAGGAAAUAAAAGAUCUGACCAAUAGAAGCUCAGAGGUGAAGCAGUUCACCUAAACUGAAGACCACCUCCACCUCCUCCAGACCUUCAGAUCCCUGAAGGAUCCUCCACCCACCAGGGACUGGACGACGGUGGAGGUCCGUCCUCCAUCAUACGUUGGGACCUUGAGGAGAGCCCUGGAUCAGCUGGAGGAGACACUGAACAUGGAGGUGAAGAAGGUGCCUGACCUGAGAUCAGUUCCACACAAGUAUAUGAGUGCCACCGUGUAAAAUAAGGUUGAGAAGAUAACCUUACACUAAAAAAUGUAGUCCAAAAAAACACGUAGCAUGCUUGCACACUCACAUCCAUAUGGCCCGUCGGCCUCCUCGGGAACGGGACUCGGCUGCAGCGGUCCGUCCUGUGAGCGUAUCCCGGUCCGGUCCUCGGUCCGGUCCUCGGUCCGGUCCUCGGUCCGGUCCUCGGUCCUACACUGGACCCACACGUGUCUCAUUAGCCCGUCUCCGCCUCCCUUUAUAUACCGCUCACCUGCGUCUGAUCGGCCUCCCUCGCGGGUGUUUCCUCUGAGCCAAUGCGCCAAUGCGGUCCCCGGCGCCCUCUGGGGGAGAAGGGUGAUAGACCCCCUGCACCACCGGUCCCCUGGGCUUCAGGGCCGCUGUGUCGGGCCGGGUUACCACAAUGUGUUCAAAACAUUGUUGUAUUAUAUUCAUAACGUUGUUGUUAAUACAUUCAUAAUAUCGUUGUUGUUUUCAUAACGGUAUUGUUGAGGUGUGUGUAUCUAUGUAUGUGUACAUAUGUAUAUGUAUGCAUGUGUUCAUAUCUAUGUUCAUGUACACAGAGCGCAGGAGAACAGUACUAGUGAUGAUGAUGAUGAUGAUGAUGAUGAAGAGCGGUUCAGUAGCU